AUGCUGGCCAGGUGGCUGCUGAUCCUGCUGGCGGUGGCCGGCAGCCGCGCCUUCCCCGCGGCGGACGAGGAGCCCGCGUCCUACCCGGUCGGCCCCGGCGAAGCCGACACCGACGCCGACGCGUCCGCCUCGGCGACGUCGCUGCUGGAGGAGGGAAUCGAGGGCGCCUACCGCCUGGUCAAAGACUGCGGCGAGCGGCCGCUGACCGCCUGCCUCAAGAUGCGCGCCCUCACGCUGAUGGACCGCGCGCUCAGGCAGCCGGGCGACGUGCCGCUGGUGGAGGGCGUGGCGCUGGUGCGGACGACGCCCGUCUCCGGCGCCGCCACCGGCAGGGCGCUCACCCAGGAGGAGCUGGACGCGACGCUGCCGCGCGACGCCGACGAGAAGGACGCCCAGGUGGAGACGAUGCUCGUCGACAGGGUGGCGCGUUUCCUGCAGAGCCAUACGCUGCAGCUCAAGGUGCCCGACUCCGCCAUCUCCGAAGUCCGCAGGACACUCGACGAAGCUCGCGGUAAGAAGAAGAAGCUGAAGAUGCUGCUGCCGCUGCUGCUGUUGAUGAAGCUGAAGGCGGCGGCCAUCAUCCCGCUGGCCCUGGGCGCGCUGGCGCUGCUGGCGCUCAAGGCGCUGAUCGUGGGCAAGCUGGCGCUCGUGCUGGCCGGCCUGAUCGCGCUGCAGAAGCUGCUCGCCUCGCGCCAGGGCACGCAGACCUACGAGGUGGUGGCGCACCCGCACUACUCGCACUCGCACGUCUCCUCCUACGGCGACGAGCACGGCCACUACGGCCGGUCACUGCCCGACGACGGCGCAGCCGCCGCCGACGCCCACCAGAUGGCGUACAGCGCCUACGCCAAGGCGGAGUAG